AUGAAGAUCACCGUGCUAAGUGCCCUGCUUUUAGCUGUGCUGAGUCCAACAGCGCUCGGGCAAGAGGGCGACACUUACGGCACGGUCAAUCUAAGUGGUCCGGAUAUCAACGAUGCGUAUUCAGCAGCGACUGCCUGCAUUUCUCUUGCGAAUGACAGUCCGAAAUCCGUGGAAACAAUCCAAAUUCAAGCCUCGGCUGAUCUUGAGUGCACGUUCUAUUCGAAGUUUGACUGCGAAGACGAACAGACCACUUUGGGUUCUGGAGGCCAUGACUUCAAUCCAGAGCUAAUCGUGGGCAGUUGGAAGUGUACUCUACCAGUUUAA